AAUAAAGAGUUGGAUGGACAAUUGGAGAAGGCAUUUACCAUGAGGGAAUUGGUUGAUGAGUGCAAGACAUUUUUCUUUGGUGGAUUUGAGACCACAUCACUUUCAAUCACAUGGACUUUGCUACUUCUAGCUUUGAAUGAAGAUUGGCAAAACCAAUUGAGAGAUGAAAUUAAAGAAGUGGUUGGCAACAUUGAAGAACUUGAUAUCAACUUGCUUGCUGAUUUAAAGAAGAUGAAAUGGGUGAUGAAUAAAGUAAUUAGACUCUACCCACCAUCUCCAAAUGUGCCAAGGGAAGUUAAGGAAGACAUUCAAGUAGAUAAUUUUAAGGUGCUUAAAGGGACCAACAUUUGGAUUGAUGUUGUAGCAAUCCAUCAUGACAUGACCAUUUAAUGUAGGAAGACAUUUGGAUUGAUGCCAACAAUUUCAAACCACAAAGGUUCAUGAAUGAUGCCAAUGGAGGAUGGAACCACACAAUGGGAUACUUGCCUUUUGGUUUUGGAGGGAGAACAUCU